GGUUUCAAGUGAAUAUAUUCAGCUGUUAACAUUUAAAAUAAUGGUAUGACUUGGAUAUAUUUAUAGUUGUAUAUACAACAUAGGUGACAAUCUACUAGAACAUCAAAGAUAAUGCUACCAUGUCAUGCUAUCAACCACAGACUAAGGUCUUAAACAUUCUUCACCAGAUGCACUUGUUAGAUUUCCCUGUAACCAAAGCAUGUUUUCAUUAUGUUCUUAGAGAAAACGAACCCAGUCCUAGUUUCAAACUGGAAGCAAGUCCAUUAUAUUCCACAAUACAAAGUUGAAGUUUUCAAAAUUCCACCAAAACUAAACAAGCCAAGAAAAGCCCUCAUCUAAGAAUAUUCUAAAACAAAAUGCGACUCACAAGUUGAGCGAAGGGCUCUCCAUCCUUGAAGAUGAUGAAGGUUGGCAGGGCCUCAAUCCUUUAUUUGUUGGCAAUUGCAGUGUGCUUCAGGUCAAUCUUGACUACCUGUACCUAUGCAAAUAUUCUUUCAAUGCUUUUGCUUCUUUGACUAGCUUAUGAUCACCCGCGUCUUGUUAAAAAUGAUUCUUCUGAUCCUCUUGGGAAAUAAUUCGGAAACAACCUUUGCUAUAUGCUGUGCUUGCAGGAUCCACCUGAAGACUCUGUUGUUACAAUGUGUGGCCAUGUCUUCUGUUAUCAAUGUGUAUCAGAUUACUUGAAUGGUGAUGGUAAUACAUGCUCUGCUCCUGGUUGUAAAGCAGCACUUGCAAAAGAUGGUGUUUUCUCCAAGGCUACGUUGAGGAGUUGCUUGUCUGAUGAACUUGGUGGUAGUAAUUCCAUAAAAGUGCAUGAUUUUGCUCGUUCACUAGCAGCAGAGUAACUGUUAUGCUGAUGUCGCUGAAAGCAGGAAAUCUUGGUUUGAAUAUGGUUGCUGUGUGUCAUGUUAUUCUUUUGGAUCCGUGGUAGA